CCUGUUUGUCGCUCUGCGCCAUCUCUGUUCUUACUUACCAUCUUCCAUCUUCACUGCAACAGCCAUGGGUAUCUUAGCAUGGAUGUCCACCAACUCUGCGCUGUUGCGAAUCUACGACUUUUUGGCUCUAGGCGUCUUCAAUUUCUGGGUAUGGCGCUGCCCGACAGGCUCUAUUCUCCUCCCAUUCUUCAACAAACACAUCGGCGAAGGCGCGCACCUAGAUGUCGCCGUAGGAACAGGGUACUAUCCCGCGACGUCCGUGCAUCGGUUAUCCAAGUGCAAGAACGUCGCCCUCCUCGAUACGAACCCGAGGGCGCUGGACGUAGCCGCUGCCCGGUUGCGCGCGGCCGGAUACAAGGGGGCGAUCGAGAAAGUGCACCACAGCGUCUUUGAGUCGCUGCCUAACUCGCUGCGCGGAAAGUUCGACUCCAUCUCGAUCUUCUACACGUUGAACCGCCUGCCAGGCUCGUUCCCGCCUAAAGCCAGCCAUGUGUUCGCCGUGUUGUCCGCCGGACUCGCGCCCGAUGGCGUCUUGUACGGCGCCACGAUCCUUGGGAAGACUGCAGACCAUACAUUGUUGAGCCGUGCUCUAUUGUGGCUAUACAACAGGAGGGGAUGGUUCGGCAACAAGGUGGAUAGCGUGGAGAAUCUCGAGAAGGCUUUGAGGGGUAUGUUUGAAGAGGUCCAAGUACGGGUGGUCGGUGUCGUUGCUCUCUUUGAGGCGCGGAGGCCCAUACCGCGAUAGUACAUUGUAGAGUCGAGUUAACUUCGCAUUGUCUGUGACGACCAGAAGAAUGCUCAGAGGCACCUACUAUCUUAACCUCUACUCGGCACAGCAUCUAAUAUAGUGCCGAUGUCUCGAAGAUGUUCAAUGGGUUUGAUAUACCCUGGCAGUUAUACGGCGUUGCAGAUCCAGAGUGUCGGCUUCAUACGACGCACG